AAAGAAAAGAAACGAAACACAAGAAAAAAAAAGAAAACAAAAGCUUUUGAGGAGAGAAGCUUUCUUGGCAAAAAGUAGUUUGUCUUUUUUUUUCUUUAUACUUUUGAGAAUCGUCAAAUUGUUCCUUCGUUGAAAUCCAUCGAUUCAAGCCGAAAAGCAUAAAGAGAUAUCUUUGACGAAAUUUUCAAGAUCGAUGGAAUGAUCGAUACGAUGAUCGAUACGAUGGAUCGAUAAGCUUGUUUAGUACGUAACAAAUGGCGAUACGUCUUGUCGUAUUAAAGCUGUUUAAAAUGCCAUCGAUGUUAUUUCUCUAUCUACGGCGCUUUAGAAUUUUAGGUUAUAAUAGUGAAAGCAAUAAAGUUUAAUGAUGAUAAAAGAGAUACGAAAUAAAAUGAGAAAAAAAAGAGAGGAAGUGUGAGAAACAGGAAGAGAGAAAGAGAGAGAAAGUGAAAGGGAAUCGGAGAAAAAGGGGAGGAAAUGAAAGUAUGUAUGUACAAAAAGGAAAGUGUGUAUGUGUAUAUAUUGUUAACGCGCAAGGAAUGAUGAGAAAAUUAGAAGCUAAUUUGUUUGUUCAGAUUGCAAUUUUGUAGGCAUGCAGGAAUGAUGUUUCUAAUUGGCAAUCAACAAAUUCAAUUAGAACAUACUCUAAGCCAUAUUCGUAUAAUUGAGAAAAUAGUUGCAUAAGCCAGUGUUUUUCAAACUUUUCUUUUAAUUAUGACUUUGUAAGAUUUAUAUUUUACAUAAAUAUAUUCAAUAUAUAUAUAUAUGAUAAAUAUUAUAUAGAAAUUAUAUACGACUAAGUUUAUUUUAAAAGUAUUAUGUUUUCAAAACAUAGUAAGUCUCAUAAUCUCUGUCAAGUAUUAUUUAGAAUUAAAAAAUUUAUAUUUAUUAAUGAUGUAUCUGGUAUAUUUAUUUUUUAAUAGUUUGGAAAACACUGACAUAUAAAGAGCCAAGUAUUUCUGGUUGCGCAAAAGCGAUUGCUAUAAAUGAAUUCUUGAGAGGUUUUAAAAGUGAUCGUAUAUCAUUAAAGCCGUCGACAAGUUAUCCUCAGAUAUAAUUAUUUCAUGUUUAAUCAUAGAUUGAAAACCAUAGAUCUGUUAGGCAUGAUAUUAUAAGACUACAAGUAAUUUAGUUUUUUUCCAGCACCGAUUGUCUUCGUUUUCAUUAGUCCACGAUCAAUUGUAAAUAAUAUGUACUGUGUAAAGCGUUAAAAUAUUCACUUCUUGGUUUAUGUUUAUUGUAGUUAAAAAACCACUGUAAACAUUUUAUGAUAUAUCAUAGUAAUGAACCUAGAGGUGCACAAUCUUAAAAACAAUUAAAUCAUUUGGAAAUGUCAAAGAAGAUGAAAGCAUCAAGGUUAUCUAAUGAUAAAAUAUUUAUUUAAUUAUAAUCUACAAUUAUAGAAUGCUGUUUGAAUCCUUUGAAGAAAACAAACUGAAUUUUUUCAAAGAAAAUCUCCAAUAAAGAUGAUCGAAAGUAUUUUCCAUAACACACAGAUAAUUCAUUUUUUAUCUAUUAUCUUUUAUACAUGCUUAUUUACACGUAUUUAGCAAUAAUUGAUAGAAUAAUUAGAACCUUUCUUAAAGCUGUGUAUCUCAAAAGAAUAUAUAAAUUUAUACUAUCAUACUUUAUAUAUAUAUAUAAUAUGUAUAUUAAGAAAAAAAAAAAAAAACAGAAUUAGGCUUCAUAAUAGUAAUAUUUCUUGAGCACUUGGUGCAUAGAUAAAAACAAAAUAAAUAAAUCGUGCACUUUUUCAGCAAAGCAAAAAAUAGAAUUCAAUAAUAAGAUGUUACACGCCAUAUUAUUAAAAUACUUAAUCGAUUAUCUAAAAGAUGGUGUACCUCUAUAUUCAUAAAUAAUCGAUCAAUCAAUCAAUCAAUCAAUCAUCACAGCUCUUGUGAAAUUGCUCCUGCUUUUUCGUUUUUGGCUCAUUAGAUUAUGCGAUUGCUGAUAUAAUAAAAGAUUCGUUUAGAUCGUGGGCAGGUAAACAAAAAUUUAAUCUUUCGAGAGAAAAAAUAUUCCUUUAAUAAUUUUUCUGCCAGAAUUCAAAUUAGAAAUGAACAAGAAGCGAAGCGCGUAUAUUAUCUUCGAAUAAUCGUGUCUUUGCGACUUUUUGGCGCUUUGACGCAAGAAUCGCGAUCUGUGAUAUUCUUAAGCAUUCCUUAUUAAACAAAUUCGACGGUCCGAUCGUCGUGCGGCGAGUUCAGGAAUGAAUUUCAACAAAAAAGAAAAAAAAAGAAAAUUAAUUCAAAAGAAAAAAUAUAUAUAUAAAUAGAAGACACAUUAGAAUUUCGAUCGUCUUUAAACAUACGUAGAACUCGUUUUCGUGCACGGGAUUCGGCCCACUUCAAACAUAACCUUCAAAUCGAAAGCAUGUUUUCGCAUUACUGAAACACCGUUGUAAAAAUAAAUGGCUGAUAACUCAUAAUGCAAAUAAAUAUGAUUUAUAUAUUAGUGUUUUACUCAAAAUAUCAUUCAAAGAAUCAUUGACGUACGAUGAUUUUUUAUAUUUUCGUAUAUAGUAUAAAUGUGACAUUUCUUUUUAUUAUUUAAAUUGUUUUAAUUAUAUAAAAGUUUAGUUGAAUAUUUAUGGGUUAAUUUAAUAUAAAUGAUAAUCUAAUAUUCUUACAUCGAUCAAUGUUCUAUUUUGUAAAAAAAAAAAAAAAAGAAAAAUCGUGAUAACAAAUAAUACAUGAAUUUAUUUGUUAAAAUAAUGAUUAAUGGUAUAAACAAUUACUUGAAUAUAAAUGUAGUUAAAGAAAAUCGUAUACAUAUAUACGCGUACGAAAGAUAAUAUAUUAUUAUUCGAAUCAUAUUAUUUUAAAUUUGGCGCUUUCUAGUUUUUAAAAAUAUCGUGAGUGAGAUCGAUACGUCGUCUAGGUACGCAUAUUAGAAACAUUCGAUUAAAAUUCAUAACGAUAUUAAGUUCGAUUAUCGAACGAGAUUCCCAAAAGAAUAUCUAUCACUACGAACUGUCCGAGACGAAAGCGAGUUUUUUUCUGAAGAAAAAUAAAAAAAAGAACGAUAAUCAAGAUUUAUAUCUUGGAAUAAUUUUCUUCGUUAAAAAAAAAAAGAAAAAAACAUUUUUUUAUAUAUACUCGACAUUUUUGUUAACAACAAUAGUGAGCAUCUACAAGUAUAAAAAUAGAUUUGGAUAAUUCAUCUUAACCUCUUAUAAUUCAAAAAAUUUUCUAAAGGAACACUCAUAUGUUCAAAAUUUCUUGGUUGAUAAUAAUAAAUCUCGACAGAAUUGUCGAGUUAACGUUUCAUUUUGGAAAUGAGUUCGAUAAUCGAUCGAAACGUACCACCUGAUAUUUUACAAUGCCACCUAGGCCAAUUCAAUGCUCGCUUAGGAUUAUCUGGAUAAUGACACAGGUGAUUGUUAAUUUAGUAAGUCCUUACACUACGUUGUUACAAUUUUGUACGUAUGGAUCAUCGAUCGAUGAUCAUCAAUUUCCAUAUUUACAUCCAUCCGAAAAUCCUGAUUGUCAAUUUCGAGUGUCUAAACGUGAAUUUUAUGAUCAAACGUAUCAAUAUCAACGAAGAUUUCCGAUUGAUCGAGAACCGUCGAUCGAGAUCAGAGCGAUUUUAGUUCGUUGUUCUGAACCAUCUGAGGAAAUACUCGAAGAACGUGCAGGAAUGAAUUAUAUUAAUAAAAAUGAAACGUUUUAUGAAAAUUUAGAGACGUCCUCAGAUCGUGAGCAAAUUCAAAAUUGUCGUCGAAAGUUGAUCAUAACGUUAAAAUUAAAUAAUGUUGGAAAGACUAGAACGGAAGAAGAAUAUAUAGUAGUCAGUCAUGCUUUAGAUCCGAUUACAAUGCAGAAGUCACGCUUACAGAAUCCUUAUGUUAUUAAAGUUCGCCAGGAGUCGGUAUUGCAGUUGUACGGCUUGAAAUUUGAAAGGAUUGUCAAUGCCGAAGCAAAGGAGCAGAUUAUUAACAAUCAACAUGUUAAUUAUACGGGAUGUAACGAUGGUAUAGAAAAUCCUACUUGUGGUCUUACAUAUGAAAAUGGGAAUCUUGUUCCUUUUAGUCAGGGGUUCUGUUGUUCGUGCCAUUCCGAAGUGAAUGCAUCGCGUCAGACAAUGCGAAAAUUGAACGAAUCAACUGGAAAUUUCUCUUCGAAGAUAGAGACGAAAGACAAAAAGAGAUCAAACAGAUCAAGCAACAGGUCGACGACGUUUCGUAAUGCAUACGAACAGUCUUUUAAUGAUUCCAAAUUAUCAGCUGUUGCACAAACAGAUAAAACUGAAAGAAUGAAGGAAGGUCAUUUGAUAUACAGUAGUAGAAGAUUGAAGCAGAAUAAUGUCGGUAAUAAUAUAUCGAAAGCCGAUAAUGAAGGAAACAACAUCAAUAAUGAAGAACUCAACGUCGGUAAGAAAGAUAUCAACGUCGAUAAAACAAAUAUCGUAGCAAAUAAUACAGAUAUCAAUGUCGAUAAUAUAGAUCUCUACGAAAAGAGCGAAGACAGAAAUAGGUCGGAGAAUAAAUUGAUAUUAAAAUCAGACUUGAUUAAAGACGAGAAUAUCGAAGACACGACAUCGGCGUUGAUAAGAACAAUUUUAUUUUCUCCAAAAAUGCAAACCAAAGGAAAAAUCGAGCCGUAUAUCGACAGCAUCAAAGAUCAAGCAAUAAGAGAGUCAAGAAAUUUAAACGACAGCGAUAACAAAGAGUCUAUUAAUUCGAAAAGCUUUGUCGACGAAUCGCGAAUUGUCUCGGAUGUUUUAAAUUCGAAAAAUUAUGAGAAUCGUAUCGACGACAUCAGCAAACGCGAACGUAAAAAUUUAGUGGACGAACUGACCGAAUUGGAGAAGGCAUACGAUGCUCUUAAGAAAAUGAGAAAAUAUAAAAGGAAAAAUCGUAGUACGAGAAAUGUAGAGUUGGCGCGAAAUAUAGAUAAAAAUUCGAAAAGAAAUGAAUUCGUUGACGAUAACAUUGAAAUGAAAACGAAUGGAUUCUCAGAUAAUCCGAAUAUAGAGAAUGCGAUGUAUAAGCGUACGAAUGGGAAAAGGACGAAGGAUUGUUUCGAUUUAAGAAAAAAUGACGAUGAAGUGAGAAAAAAGGAGAAGGAAGAUGAAGGGAAAUCAAAUUCCAGGAAGUCUACGUGUUUGCUUGCUUCUUCGAGAUUGAAGCAGUUUCCAAGACGAUCGUUUCGAACUUCCAAGAAGAUUUAUGAAGAUCAAUCGCGCGAUAUUGAAGUUCCGAGGAAAAUGAAAUUCACUGGGUACUUUACUACAGAGAAUGUUUCGAUUAGUAGUUUCGCUGAAACGACGACAACGAAAACGACAACGACGGCGACGACGAAGAGGUCGAUAUCGGACAAAUCAGAGACUAAUAACGUUUUCUCGGUCCUUUCAUCCAACUCAUCCAUUAACAAGUCUGGAAACUCUUCGUUUAAUUCUUACGAAAACUACGUGUUUGCACUUCUAACGAGCCUCUUGACAACUGACGAGGAUAUAUCGAUUAAUCCGAAUAAAAACAUUAAUGUGAUAAGUUAUAGCUUUGACAAGAAUCCAACGAUCGUUAAUAAACAAUAUAAUAGUUCCAACAGCAGAGGAAAUAUUACAACGGAGGAUCGGAAUAAAUUAUUUAUAUACGCGCAGAAACAUAGUAACAUCACGAUACUGAUCGACAGAUAUAAGAGAUCUCCAAAGCGUUACGAAAGAUCUACGAAAAGUUUGGGAAGUAAAUCAAAGGAAAAACGAGAAGGAAUUUGUCGAAAGAGAAAUAAUUUCCACGCGAGAAAUAAUUUUCUAUCGAAGAAAUCUUUCGAGACCAUGAACGAAAAGAAUUUGAUAAAAAUACCUGCUAAUCCGCCUGAAAAUAAAAAUAAUACACGAAGUAUACAAAUAUUUUUGGACGAAUCGUUCAAUGAUGUCAAUGAUAAAUAUAUCAAUUCUACUGUAGAUUUCAAUUCCACGGACAAUCCAUUUUUAAAGAAGAAUAAUGCACAUGGAAAUCACAUCGAUAAAAUUAUCGAAGAGAAAUUUGAUAAAAUAAAGGAACUCUUGAAAGAGGAGGUUUCGGAGGAAUCAAAAUACAUGUCUAUCGAAACGUUGAAAAACGAAAUUAGAGAUAAUGAUAUCAGUGAAAAUAAUGAUGAUAGCAACGAUAUAAUGAUGAAAUCGAACGUUACCGGAGAUAUUAACGAAAAGAAAUGUAAAAAUGAUGUUAUGAAAAAAAUCGUAAUCGUUAAUAUCCCGUUGGUAAACUUUGUAGAUACUAAUGUUCAGAACUUUAAAGACAAUAGACCUUCCUUAAACAAAGUAAUACGUUCAAAUAAAUCCUCUUUCUCGUUGAAUCCGGUAAAUGGAGUGGAGAAGUCCAUGGAGAGAGCUCAAGAAUCCAGAUAUCGUACAAACGUUCAACCGAGUGCCUGGAAAGCGAGGCAAAUCUCUGAUCUGAUUAUAAGUCGUUCUCGUUUAAAUAGUACGACCGUUGGUAAUCCAAGAAGAAAUGUUGUCUCUUAUCUCGAUCUAGACGAUGCUAAGAUCGCUUUAAAGAAGAUAAAUUCGUCAGGUGACAGAAACUCUGCGUUAAUUUAUCAAACCGGCGAUAACGGUAAAAUUUUUACCAAUGAACAAAAUAUCAUUCGUGGUCUCAAUCGAAAGAAUUUAAUAUAUGAUAACAAUAAACUACUAAAUAAAAAUGUUAAGAACGAUCGUAGAAGUACGAACGAGGUAAUAUUCUACGAUUAUAAUUUUGACGACGAGGAUGAUGGCGAUGAUGUUAAUGAGGAAUAUUCGCACGAUCGAGGACGAUCCAUCAGACGAUUAUUGUCGAUCGAUGAUUCGAAUAAUAAUAAUUAUAAUUCACCUAUCGUUAAUUCUUCCUUAGAAUAUGACGAACCCCAGAAUUUUGAAUACGAAGAUUAUAAUUAUCAACAAACCAAUCCAGCCAAUGAAGAAGAUCAUAAUAAUCCUUUGAACGAAAUGUUCGAUCUAGAUAGUGUUACUUCCAAACAUAAGAUUUCUAUGAACGAUAAAUUACACGAAAAUAUGAACGGCGAUACGAGUAUUUUGAAUGCUGACAAAUAUAUUAAACACAUGGCUAAGUUGAUCGCUAAUCGUAGUAAUUUACGUUCUAAACUGAAUAAACAUAAAACAUUCAACGACGAAUUAAAAAUUGUUAAGAAAGAUGUCAGCGACGAUCCGAUUUAUUCAAAACGUGAUUACAAUUUUAACUUUGAUUCUGGAAGAUCGAACGACGUUAGAAAAAUACGAACGAAUUAUGAUUUUAAUUUGGAAGACGUAAACGACGGAUUGAACUUAAAUCCAAAUCCAAACGAUCAGAUAUCUCCAUUGGACAAUACUGGUCAAAUGUAUCAACCAGAAAAUGAUUUGAAAUACAACAAUCAAUUUCGAUCAAAACAGUCGAGACAGUCUAUAGAAUCUUUAGAUAAUGAUUCGAUCAAUCCAAGACAAGUAGACUAUGAUGUUAAUGAUCAAAAAAAUGAGGACAUUGAUAUUUCUGUUAAUGGUAAUAUUCACGUUGAAGGUGGUAUUAAUGGCCGUCCGAUAUCAAUUGCAUUCGUUGCUGUACCCGACGUGGAAUCAGACCUGGAUACGAUUAACAACGACAGUUACUUCAACGAACAACAAUCUAGUUUGACCGAUGUUAAUGAUCGAAACGAUUCACCGUUCAGUAUUGAAUCUGUGAUAUCUAAGAACAACGAUAAAUAUUUAAUCGUUAGCGACAACGAACAAAAUAAUAACGAUGUAUUUUCUCCAUCAAAGAAUAAUUUUUAUGACGAUAGUUACAAACUUGAAAAACUUCAUAACGAUCAGGGAAAGCCCGAUCAAAAACUUUUUAUAUUCGAUCCAAAAAAUGCAAUUUUCAAUGAAAAUCCAAUAUCGUCGAUCGACGAAGAAAACGAUAAUUAUUCGGAUUAUUCGGAUGAUAAUUCUGAACUUUCGAAGAACAAUUUAGCUAGGGAGAAAAAGGAGGCAGAUAGUUUUCAAAUAGAUGACGAUUCAUUUUACGACGACAAAUUAACGAACGGCAAUAUAACAUUUUUCAGAAUAGUACCAGAGAAACCUUGUUUAUCGUCGCCCUUGAAAAAUAACUUCUCUAAUAAUUCAAGUAGUAAUUCUUACGAUUCAAAUUUGUAUAUUCCAUUCUUUAGUAUCUCUGAUCUGAAUCCAUCGGAUACCACUCGUAAGGAGAGUAAAACUGCAGCUAAUAUUGAUUUGACAACCUCAAUAAUAUUUACAUUAGUCAUCGAUACUACUACGCCGGAAUCCACUGAAAAACCGCAAGAUGAAAAAGAAUGUCCGCUCGAGACUACAAAAAUUUCCAAGAUCACUGAAUCCGAAACUUCGUCUAAAGGACCACCAAUUCAAGUGUUAAUAACGGAUUUGCCUGCUAACUUACCCAAACAAAUUACUAAAUCGACCGAAACGAUUGAAAAGACUUUAAAUCAGACGACGACAUCGACAACAACGACGACGACAACGACGACGACGACGACGACGACGACGACGACGACGACAACAACAACAACAACAAUGACAACAGUAGCUGUACCACCACCACCACCAUCACCACCACCAUCACCACCACCAUCACCACCGACAACGACGCCGGCGGCCAUCGUUGAGGAUACUUGUUUCCGAACGAAAGUUACUCUUAAAGAAAUGAAAGUUAAUGAGACUACUUCUACGAAUGUUCCAGUAACUGUUCAUUCAACUACUACAACGACCAUUACGAAGUUGGAAGCAUUACUUCGGUCGAGUGAUAUGGCCUCAUCAAAAUUGAAAAAUGAGAUCAACAACUCCCAGAUGCGUUUCAAACAUCUCAUCCGCCCAGAAGAUACAUCCUAUGGAUCGAAUUUAACAGAUUUUAAAACGAAAUGCGACGAUGUCGACGAGGAAAAAGACGUCACUCUUGGUCCAGAUACACGGAAAUCAAUAAUACCGGCUUUGUUAUCAUCGGCGAAUGGCACUGUUGGAAACUCAACUUCUCCACUCGUCGAAUCGAGAUCUGCUAUAAAAGAAAAGAAAACAAGGAGGGAUACUCUUCAGGAUUCCACCUCGAAAUUACUCUCUUCGAUAAAGGCGAAUUCUAAAGGACCGUAUUAUAAAACUUCCUUCAACUCGGAUAUGAAGGAACAACAGCAACGGAACUAUGAAUCAUCUAAAAGUUCUGUUAAACGAUCGCUUUUAAGAGGUCACGAGAAUAACGACAAAUCUUUUCUAUUUUACCCUCACCAGAACCAGCCACAACAUUUUUCUGAAUUGCUAUUGAAAAGAUAUGUACCCAAUGAUACAGGUUCUGUACUUUCAUUAAAUAAGAGACAAAAAGAAAGAGAUAAAAAAAAGAAGAGAAAGAUCAAUAGUCAAAAUUCAAGCAAUGCAAAGUUUCCUAGACAAGCAUUAAAAUCAAAAAUGUCGAUAGAAACUCCGACAAUCGUGAAAAGGGAAAUGAAAAAGAAAAAGAGUCGUGUCAAGUCCAAUAACAAAGCUAAUUUAGAAUCCCUGUUUAAAGGCCAUGGAUCCAAAGACUCUAAAUCAGUAUCGAAGAAGAAAAAGCACGAUACUCGAGAUUCAAAUAAUUCGGAAUCUCUUAGAAAUGUAAUAGAACCGAACACAUCGAUGGAAAAAGAAUCGUUAAAUUCGGAAAAUGGAAUAGGAACAGAGGCUAGUCACGUCAAAUGUACCGACAAAGAUAGUUUUCUAGAUCUCCAUAAACGAAAGGUUGGAAAACGUAUGAAAAAGAAGAUGGAUGACGACGAAGACAUAAAGAAACUUACUGGUAUACGAAGGAAGAAAAAGAAGAAGAAAAAGAAGAGAAAGAAAGCGAAGAGUCAGGAAAAUAUGUUUGACAUACCGGAGGUCAAAACUAAAUGGAAAUUGAUAAAAAGAAAUUUAUUGAGUAUUUCAAACAUAAAAAGAAAUAAGGGAAUCGAUCAGUCUGAGGCCUUGAAAUUGGUAAAAAGAAAUUUGUUGACCAUUCCAAAAAUAAAAAUAAAAAUGGGAAUAGAUGAGUCUAAGAUUUUGGGAGUGGCAAAAAAGAAUUUGUCGAGUAUUUCGAAAAGAAAAAAAAGAAUGGUGAUAAAUGAAUCUAAGGUUUUGAGAUUGGCAAAGAGGAAUUUGUUGAGUAUUCAAGAAAAUAUGGAAAUGGAUGAAUCAAAGGCCUUGAAAACGAAGGGAGAAAUGAAUAAAGAAUCGAAAUCGACUUUGGUAAGACAGAGGCAAUCUAAAACAGAUGGUAAACAAGUUCGUGGUGGACAGGAUUGUUCGAAUCGCGAUCAGUCGUUGGACGUUGACGAAUCGAAAUACUCUGAAUCUGCCCACUGCCUUCGCUUCAGUGAUCUGUGGUAUUCUGUUUAUCGCUUGGAUGAACCGAUAUUAGACCAAGCAGUGUCUCUUCAAUUGUAUGAAAAACGAAGUUUACCUGAUGGUACUACUCGAUGGGAAGAUUUAACUCGUUCCAUGAUUAGAUUAGAUAAUUUUGCAAGACGUUACAGAAGCAAUGACGAUACUCUUGCGUUUACUUAUCGUGCUACAAAAAAAGUAUCGAAACAGUUUCCUGCUACUUUGGACGUUAGAAAGGAUCGAUUGCUGAUACCAUCUUCUGUUUCUACUGGAAAAGAUUUCAAAAUCAGCCAAUCUAAAGAUGCAUUUGAAGAAUAUCUGAUUGUAAGAGCUAGCGAAAUCAGCAAGGAUGGAAACGAAUGCGACAAAGUUGGCGUGGGAUUUAAAGCAUUCGUUGAACAACCGGAUCGUUGUGGACGUCUUGAAGGAACCUGUUUGAAAAAUCAACCUUUAUCUUAUUGGAAACAUGACAGGGAAGCACGGGAAGCUGGGCGAGCUGGUUGUUACUUCUUGAGCAAUUUCGCGUCUGUGCCGAGAGAGGCCAUCAAGUACAACGUGAGCGGAAGCGGAAGCGGCGAGUUCCUUGCUCUGGAGUACCAUUCCCCGCACGUGUCUGCGAUCGACAUUGAAGUCAGGAACGACUACAAUAGCGUCGCCAGUGCAGGGCCGUUUGGACGUAUAACUCAUAUAUACGUGGACAGUACAUCUUUAAUACACACGAUCGUAAUGAUCGUGAUACGGAACGUGGGAUCAACACCAUCGAUUUAUCGUCCUAGAAUCGUUAACUGUCCUCAAGGACUUCCGGCAUCUUGGUCGAACGUGAAAGGCCUUGUGCAGAUAAUUUUACCACGACAAAAUAGAAGAAUAGUCUUUGAUCUCUACGGCGAACUUCCUUUCAAUGAAUUCGAAUGUACCGUGGAGCUGUUAGAUCGUCUUGGGAAAACUGUGGCUACGAGAAGAAUGAAAGUACGAAGAAUGGAUCGUUGCUUCUGCGUUUGGCACUGUCUCUGCGCUUGCGUUGCUGUAGCCGAUGGCUGUCGACCGAUGUCAACGACGCAUUAUCACGCAGCUGGAUUUCAGUCUCCUGUACCGAACGUCCCAAUGAGAUCUUCUUCCUUCGAUGGAAGUUUCUUCGACAUUAUAUUCUUACUUCUCUCUAUACUGGCACUUUUUCUUUUCAUGGGUGUAUCAAAGUGGAUCAUAGGAAUCUACAUUCCUGAGGUUAGUCGAUGGGGAUUGGAUACUUUGCUUAGAACUACCAAAAUGAGCGAGUAUUUCGAAGAUGAUUUAAAAUGCAGAUGUAUCGUUACCGAUGAGUCAGGUUUUCCAGUUCAUCCAGAUACAGGAAAUAGAUCGAUCAGAAUUUGUAGCAGAAAAACAGAGUUUCUCUUAAAUGUUAUAUUCUUCUUAGUUUAUCCAGUUGCAGUUAGUUGGCAUCAUAUACAAAAAUUCAUUAGUAAGGAAAGUGGAAGUUAUAGCUCGGAUGAAUCGAAAACAUGCCUGACAAGCGAUAAAGAUGAGUAUGAGAACCUAGUAACUGUGUGCACGUACGGCGACAGCAAAAAUUCUAAAAUGGAAGCGGAUGAUACGAAUUAUGUCAUGAACGAGCUAAAGAAAUCUCAAGAAUCUUUACAAGAAUAUAAUAGAUAUAAAAGAUAUCGUUGCUGUAUGGAAGGAAGGGAUAGAAAUAGAAAUGAUUAAGAUCUAUACCAAUCGAUCGAUGAAUCAUUAUCGUGAUCACUAUAGUGAUUUGAUACAACCAAAUGAAUUAUUAUUAACGAUGAUUGAUCGACCAGAGAAGGAGAGAGAAUUCUUGAUCGAUGAAGAUCUUCUUCCCAUCUCCAUUCCUGCCACAUCCCCUCCCCUCCCACCGCUACCUUCUCUUCAACCCACCUGUUCCCCCACCCCCCUCCCCUUCACCGUUCACUCUCAUCUUAGAAGAUUUCAUCUUUAUUAAAGAAAUGUAUAUAGACUAUAAGCAAAGCAUAAAACACUUAUAAAGUUUAACAUCGAAACUUUGCUUCGAUACUCGUUAGAAAAAGUUGCAUAUCUCUCGGAGGUAGCGUUUUCCUUCUGAAUUUUCGAAACGAGCUCAGAGAGAACUACAAAGUUUCUGCCUCUCUUAGUAACGAACGAAGAAAAUGCACGACGAAAUCUUCUCGUAACUGGAGUUAAACCGAAUUUUGUUUGUCCGGAUAGUCGGUAAUUCAUUCUCUAUUUACAUUCGGAAUAUUUAAAUGUUUUACAAAUUUAUUUGUAUACGUUAUUAUUAUAAAAUGAUUUUUAAUAUAAUGCAUAUACAUAUUGUACUUGUUAAAUCGAUCUUAUCUGAUAAAUGAAAUUGGGAUGAUUUAAAAGUACGUAGAAAGAUAAUGUAUGUAAUUAGAUUUUUAGGAUUUUAGUGAACAGAAAUAGAUGAAAUUGUAGAUCAUUAAAAUAUGAUUCAUAUAUAUAUGUAUGGGGCUAGUAUAUGUGUAGGAUAGUAGUAUAUAUACUAUAUGCGCUAUAUUAUAUAGACAGUAGAUAAAGAUGAAAGAAGGAGAAUAACACAGAUGUAUAUCAUAUGUACUAUAUCGUAUAUACUGUAUACAUACAUGUAUUAGCCCUUUCGAAUCUAGUUUUUCAACAAUAAUAACUUUUAUUAUUAUAACAAGAAAAUUUAGUUAUUUAUCAAGCGUAUAUAUCCAAAUUUACUUUACAUAAAAUUCAUAUCACUCAAAAGUUUAAAAGAAAAUACAAUACAAAGUAAUAAAUUUUCAGUUUCACAGUUAAAAGUACAGUCACAUAUCGAGAAGAUCUCGUUCGUAUUCUGCAAGUGACAUUUGUAAAUUAUGAACGUUAUCAAAAAAAAGUGCAAUCUGGUUGUACAUAUAUACGUACAUAUUAUAUAUAUAUAUACACACGACGAAAGAAAGAAAGAAAGAAAGAAUGAA